AUGGGGUUGGCAGCCCUGGUUGCCUCUGCAAUGGCUGCCCCUGGAGGCAUUGGUUAUGGCGGUGGAUAUAGAGGCGGAUUGGGAGGAUUCAGCGGUGGAUAUAGAGGCGGAUUGGGAGGAUUCGGCGGUGGAUAUGGAGGAGGAUUUGGUGGUGGAUACGGAGGCUACGGCGCUGGUUAUGGAGGCUACGCUGGUGGAAGAGCUAAUAUCAACUUCAAUCUGGGACAUGGUGGCGGAUAUGGUGGUGGCUACGGAGGACAUGGCCUAGGUCUCGGCUUUGGACGUGGUGUAGGAUACGGCGGUGGCUACGGUGGUUAUGGAAAAUAA